CAUGCUGCAUUCUUCAGCGACUGCAUAAACUUCAAGCGUGCUUCAUACGGUCAUACCCAAAGGCCAAAGGCGACACAUCACUGCCUGCACACUGUGACAGAAAUGGAUUCACACUCACUCGUCGUGGGAAUCGAUUUGGGAACGAGUUAUUCUGCGGUUGCGAUAUAUCUCAACGGGAAAGUGCAGAUUAUUGACAACGAGUUUGGCCAACGAAUGACACCAAGUUGUGUGGCAUUCGAAGAGGGUCACUUUAUUGCCGGUAAAGAAGCGCGCGAUAGCAGUUCGGCCAAACCAGUAAGUACUAUUUUCGCAACCAAGCGAAUCAUCGGGAGAACAUUCGACAAUCCCGACGUACAAGAAUAUAUGCUGAAAUGGCCGUUACGCAUAGCAAAUUCCAGCGACGGCCUUCCGGAAUUCGAAAUCAAAGGUAGUUAUGGGACUCAACGUUUCUCUCCAACCGUUAUAACCUCAUUCAUUCUUAGAAAAAUGAGAAAUAUCGUUGAAAGAUAUCUGGGAGACCAAAAAUACCAGUUUGAUAAAUUAAAAGCUAUGAUAACAGUGCCAGCGUCUUUCACUGAUUCGCAGCGCAGAGCAACGAAACUGGCAGCAGAAAUGAGCGGAUUCGAUAUUCUGGCUGUUGUCAACGAACCGACAGCCGCAGCCAUUGCGUACGGAUUCAACCGGUCAGAAACUAGCGAAACCAUUCUGGUGGUCGAUCUUGGUGGUGGAAAACUAGAUGUGUCAAUCAUACGAGUUACCGAAGGAAGAAAGUUUGAAGUGCUAUCAACAACAGGCAUUCCGAAUCUCGGUGGCGAGGAUUUCGAUGAAAGACUGGUACAAAACAUUAUAGCAGAGUUUGAGGGGACAUACGGCGCGAAUGUCGAUCGUCGAGGCGAAGGGGUGGCUCGGUUACGACUGCGCGUCGAAGAAAUCAAGCGUGGCUUGGACAAACCAGAUACAAAGUUGUCGGUACAUCUGGAAGCUUUUGACGGUAAACGGAGUUUGACAACAACGGUGACGACGGCUUUGUUCAGUGCCCUGUGCAGUGAUCUGUUUGUGAAGAUUCUCGAGCCAAUCGACGAAGCGUUGCGACGUGCUGGCUUGAAGAAACCCGGUAUUGACACUAUCGUGUUGUCGGGCAGCGGCUCACGCGUUCCCAAAAUCCAUAGUUUAAUUAUGGACCAUAUCAAUUAUCCAGUUCGUGCGAAAGUAGUUAAGCUUGCUCCAGGAUUUGCCGCAGGUGGCGCUGCAGUGCUUGCGCAUCAUUUCGCCAAGGUCGAUCAAGAUUUGAUGAGCGAUGACCUCCAACUUGAGUUACACGAAACGUCCUCGUACUGUAUAGGAGUGGAAGACCCGGACGGGUUUAUGGUCCCGCUCAUUCCACAGAACACGAGAAUCCCGAUGCAGAGGACAUUUACCAAACAACGGUUUGCAACGCAGGUCGACGGAACGUUAAAGGAAAAUAUCGACAUCUUUGAGGGUGAUGAACCCGUGGCCCGGAUGAACCGGGUAGUUGGAUACUUUCCUGUAAGAGCAUUUGCAAAAGACCAAUUUGGAAUGGUGGACAUUAACGUGACCUUUGAGUUCGAUCGCUCUGGUAUACUCCGUGUCAUCGCGCUGGAUAAUCGAACCGACAAAUUAAUUCCUAUGAGGCAGCAUGGGAUAUUCGUACAAGAGCUCGAAGAUGAACACCCAGUCGAUCAGUUUCACCAGCAUGAAAGAUCUGCGGUAAUCGCACAUUUGGCCGAUAUUUCCGAGCCGCAGCUUUCAGCAACGCACCCUGCGGAACCAGUGACCGAUUUUACGAAUUGUCCAGCAGAAAACAAAACUCAAGAAGCUUUGAAAAACGCAGAACAGAUAAUAACAGAAGUGAAUCUAGUAGAGACCAUGUCACAACUAGGAUUACACAAUGUCACGCAGCCACUAGAAGACGGAGAAGGGUCACCUACCACAUCGAAAAUUUUCACUCAAAGUAAAAGUUUACUGCGCAGAGAGGAGAGCAUGAUUCUAGGUACUUUAGUGGAGAGGGUGGAGAAAAGCCAGACCGAUCUACUAGUCCUGUUCAAAGAUUGUCACUUCUUAUUGUUAAAUGGUGAUAACCGGGAAGACCUGAUUUCCUGCUCCGUCACUUAUACGUUCACGACAGAUAUCUCAGAGCUAUCGAUACUGAAUGUUAGCGACUACGGUAGAGGCAAAUUCAAGCGAGCUAGAAUUUUAAAAACCGGCCUGGAAAUCCGCCCGUUCUCCUCGUGGCUACAAGAAGGCAUCAGCAUGCAGAUAUCUUUUGCGAAGAAAAUACCAUCGACCAAAUGGCACAAAGCCGACGGCAAUCAGCCUUCCGGUUAUGAGAUUCCCUGGUCCGCAGAUAUCUGUGUAGAACAUGUUCCAGACGAAUGCAUCCUCCAGUCAGUUCGCCUUUCGUUUAUUAACCCGGAAGGACAGGGAAGUCCGAUAACUGAAAUAAACGCACAGAAUGACUCAGACCUGUCCCGCGUAAACGAGAAACUGCUGAACAUUAAAGGUCAAACAUACUGCGAAUCCAGUGAAGAACUCGGUGUCUUCCGCAAAGCGUAUUGCUACGUCCAGAUGUUAGUGCCGGUACGGAAAAUUGUUCGGCAACAGUUCAGCCAGCUCAGACAACCAUAUGGAACUAAUCUCCCAGCGAUGUCAACACAUUGUUAUAAGGGACCCGAUAAUGUGACCUUGCGAAAUAAUGAAUUCAGUAUUGACGUCAACCGCGCAUCCUUAAUAAAUGUAUCCGCAAAAACCGCGCAAAUUUUCGCUGAUAAAAGCAUCGGAAAAGUCGGUGUGUUUUAUCUGGAUAUCACCAAGGAAGCGAUCUUAGCAGUGUUGCACGCUGCAAUCGGUGAUGUCAAGUCUUUCGCGCUGGAUCCGUAUUCCAUCCCUCCACGACUAAUCUACGAACUGCUGUUUAUUUCAACAGCAUGGGACAUUAGUCAUCUAAAACUGUGGUCUCAGCUGGCACUUGUGGAGCGAAUAGCUACUCCUGGCUUCGAUCUGAAUUCCAUUCCUAUGUCCGAUUCAGUGGAGUUCAUAUGGAGCAGCUACGAUUUCACCGGUACGAAUGUCGUUUUAUCGGCACUGGUGUUAGUGCUGCGUAGCAUGGACUGCAAUGAAGCGCGGUGGUUACUCAACGAACUCUUCGAUUCCGAGAACGAAGCGCACAUAAAGACACUGAAGAAUGCGACCGAAGCAGCUGGCAAUAUAACUUCGCAAAUCGUUGUUUUCGUUAAAAUGCCAUCGGAAGAAAUGGUCAUUUUGAAAGUGGAUGGAAGAGAUACUGUUGGACGUGUUAAGGCUCUUAUUGCAGCGGAAGAGGAUUUGCCUAUUGACCAACAACGGAUUUUGUUUUAUGGUAGAACGCUGGACGAAGAUUCGAGUCUGACCGAAAACAACGUGCAAAAUGGUGCUGUACUGAAUCUGUUAAUUCGGAAGCAGUAACAUGGUUACAAAAUCACCGAUAAGAUAGUCUAUCAUCGCGCUCCCGAUUCAAUCCAAAAUUCCGAAUCGGCUGACGAAAGUACUCGUGUAUUUUCAAUACUGUAUUAAAUUUGUAUUACUUCGCGUUGUACCGAUUAUACGUUCGAUCGCAUUUUACAUGAGCAUGCAGAGGGAAGAUGGCUUUUGAAUGUUUAUUCGGUUUUGACUCCAUGUACUGUACCUAGUUCCUGUUAACGUUCAAGGUACCGAAGAGCAAGAAGUUAUAUAUGCACGGCCGAUUUAUUGCUGAGGAUGCUUUUUUUGACUUUUAUGACUUCAUCGUCGAUGUCGUCUCGGUUUAUAGUUUUAUUUAUUUACCCACAGUAAAACCCGCAAGAAAACGGCGCAUGCA